AGUUAGUCUAAUGUAACUUAUACGAAUGGAUUCUUUGAUUUUGUUGAAGGUAUUUUUGCUUAGUUGUUUUUUAUGGGGAAUUGUUGCUUCACAAUCAUGUACGGCUGUGGAUUCUUGCACAUGUGAUAUGGAUGACAGCAGCGGUCGUAUCAACUUACAUAGCCUUGCUUUAGAUGGGUUUAUUCUCACCGAUUCUGCUUUUACUACAAAUGGAGGGGAUGGGUGGUAUUAUAAGUACAACCCUUGCAACGGAUUCAAUCAAGGCGGUUAUACUGAUCUUGCGGUUGCUCAAGUCGACAUAGCAACAGGAUUUUCAGUUUACGAUCUGGGAGUUCAAUCAUCUUCAAGUUUUAAUUAUACAGAAGAUUCUGGGUUAACUUUGCAUUACACAGCUAGUGACGGAGCGAGAAAAUCAAGAGUGAAACUUAUAUGCGAACCUAACGUAGAAUAUCAUAGGUUUGAAGUUGUUGGAGAAUUGAUUAUAACAGAAUACGAUUUCAUUUUAACUUCAACGUGUGCUUGUCCGGGAUUAUGUGACGAAAACGGUGUUAUCCCUGAUCUGUCCACACUCGCUCCGGUUGUGCCCGGUGUCUCCUGCAACAAAAUUGAUUCGUGCACGUGCGAGAUGUCUGACGGAUCAGGAAGAAUAAACUUACAUGGACCAGCACUAGAAGGAACAAGCUUGUACGAUGCAGCUUUCAUGGUGUAUUCGGGUGGAUGGUACUACAAAUACAACCCAUGUAACGGGUACAGCCUUGGUGGCUAUUCGGACCUUGCGAUAUUUCAAUCGUCGGAUCAAUAUCCUACUUGGGGAUAUGAUUUAGGAGUUCAAACUGGAUCGUAUUUUAACUAUACAGAAGGGAAUGGUCUUUCAAUACAUUACACUGCGUACGAUGGUGCCAGAACUUCCCGUGUAUUGUUGAUUUGUCAGUCAGGUGGAACCGACCAUACCGUUGAAUUUUUGGGCGAAUUGGUCAUAACGGAGUAUGAUUUUGUAAUGACAUCGCCGUGCGCCUGUCCGGGAGCAUGUAAUAACAAUGGUAUUAUUGCAACACAAACUACUCCACCACCUAGUGUUUCAGAUACAACAUGCAACUUUGUAGAUUCUUGCACGUGUGAUAUGUCCGACGGAAGCGGUCAAAUCAAUCUUCACGCUUUGGCAUUGUCAGGACCGGCACUUUACGAUUCCCAAUAUACCUUACUCGCAUACGAUGGAUGGUAUUAUAAAUAUAAUCCGUGUAAUGGAUUUUCCAUGCAUUCCUACACGGAUUUGGCGCUAUACCAGACCGAUGUAUACGAAUCAUAUGGAUACGAUCUUGGAGUACAAAGCAGCGCGAAAUUCAUUUACUCAGAUACCGAUGGUCUCUCAAUUCACUACAAAUCGGGCGAAAACGUUAGGUCAUCAAAAGUACUGCUCAUAUGCGAGCCUGGAAUAAAUGCACAUAAAUUUGAAUACGUGGGAGAACUUAUUAUUUUGGAAUACGAAUUUAUUCUUACAACACCUUGUGCAUGUCCUGGUAUGUGUGACAAUAAUGGACCAACCAUUGAUUUGCCAACUCCACCUCCUGGCACUGGCGAGGGCGAUGGCACUUGUACAUAUAUCGAUUCAUGCACGUGCGAUAUGGCGGACGGUUCUGGAAUGAUAAAUUUGAAGUCUUUAUCUCUCCAGGAUGAUUAUUUGUACGACUCAGCAUUCACAGAAUACGGAUCAGAUGGUUUUUAUUACAAAUAUAACCCUUGUUACGGAUUCUACUUCAAUUAUUAUUACGGUGAUACUGCACUGGCACAGUCGUAUGAUUUUUAUGGGUCGUAUGGAGUGGAACUAGGAACACAAAGUUCGGCGUUUUUCAAUUACACAGAGGGGAGUGGACUUGCAAUAAACUACAGAUCACCAGAUCAGUUUAGUUCUUCUCGCGUUCUACUCAUUUGUGAACCCAAUACAGACCAACAUAAGUUUCAAUUUAUCGGAGAGUUGGUUUGGUAUGAAUACGACUUUACUCUCACAACACCUUGUGCUUGUCCUGGCGGAUGUGAUGAUUAUGGCUUAGUACAAGCACCUGAAGGGACAUACUGCAACGCCGUAGACAGCUGCACGUGCGACAUGUCAGAUGGAUCAGGAAGAAUCAAUCUCAAAAGUCUGGCUUUGACAUCUGGAGCUGCUUUUACAUCUGAUGGACUUGAUGGUUGGCUUUAUAAAUACAACCCAUGUAACGGCUUCGAUGUUGUUUACUACUACGAUGUAGCAGUUGCACAAGUCAAUAUUCAUGGAACUUCGGGGCAUGAUCUUGGAUCCCAAGAUUCAGCAAAGUUUCAAUACAGUGAAAGUGCUGGAUUAUCUCUUCAUUAUGUAUCAGAUGAUCGCAUGAGGGAAUCGCGCGUUCUACUUAUUUGCGACCCUGCGACUACAGAAGCUGUGUUUGAUUUCGUGGGAGAGCUUGUUACAUUGGAAUAUGAAUUUAUUUUGAAAUCAGCAUGUGCUUGCGCUGGUGGAUGCAACGAUUUUGGAAUCAUUGGUGGCGGUGGCUCGCAACAAAAUGGAGGAGAUAACACUCUUCCAGACACGAUCCACGUGAACGUCGACAACAGUGACACUUCAUCCUAUUUAUGGACGAGUGUUGGAGGAAUAAUGGUUGGCCUGAUUUUUCAUGACCUCUUUCUCAUUCUUGCCAUAGCAGUUGCUGUAUUGGUAGCAAAACGCACAAUGACAUUGUGCUUUGAUCCUGCCCGGAACGGACCAUGGUCUUCAAACUAUGAUAGAUUUAAAGACGUAGCUGCAGGUCAACCUUCAGCGUAAAAUUUACGGAGAAAUACGUUUAUCUCAUAACACACACACGACAUCGAAGUUUCUCAAACGACUAAUAAUAGUUUAAAACAAUUCAUGUAAAUGAAUCAGAGACCUGACAGCAAUUGUUCCGAAUCGAAUAAUCUGACUUAAAAUAAAACUCAAGACUUCUUAAAGUUGAUUUUAUUUUUAUUUUGUGCAUUUAUUGACAAUAAUUCUAUAUCUGUAAUAUGUUUAUUUUAAAUAUAUGUAACAUUGUC